AUGUCUCCCGUAGCCGACACAUCACCCGCAACUUUAUCGUGCGUUUUGAAUGAGACGGACUGGAAGUUGCAGCGCAAACUCAAGCACCACCAGCGCGAUGUCGGUCGUCGCACGGCUGAAAGCCGCGCAGAGCCACGCUAUAAGCAUCACGUGCAUCAUCAGCAUCGUGCCAAUGUCAUGCGUCUCGAGAAGGAUGCGUGGCUGCCGACGCCUACUAAGAGCGCACGUUGCAGCAUCCCGCGGGAGGCAAACGCUUGGCAACUGAAUUGCUCCGGAGUACCCGCGACCUCGUGGCCCCCGGCAACAAUCAUCGCCGAGGAGCUCGAAGAGAUACCAUAUGGUAUGGACACGGUCUCGCUCGCGUCGUCAGCGCCGUCAAUUGCGGUUGCAGGAAAGUUGAAUGACCACAGACGAGAGAUGCGGCCAUUGACGCUGUUUGAAAGUGCACGUAUCUUUAACGAGUCCGGUCAAUUGCUCAGUCACGAUAAUUUUGACGAGAUGGGGUCAUCGCCCGAGGUGAUCGGCGAGGGAACGCCUAAACGCAAGUCUAAGCGCCGGGUGGGGCGCCGCAGACACGAAAACAAGCGCGCUAACGUGGAGGACGUUUUCAAAGCCGAUGAAGUGGUCCUGGAGCUCAUGUGUCUAUUGUUCCCCGAUAUGGAUGUAACCCAGGAGCUCAAUCUACUGCUUCUAGGUGGUGUCCAACACGAGAAUGUCUUUCACUUUGACGAGGACGACAUUAUCGAUAUCCCGGCGGCUCGCAAACCACAGAGCGGCGUUCUAGACAUUGAUUUGCUAAAGUUUCAAGCCGCACUAGAGAUCAUGCUGUUUAACUCGGACAUGUCGAUCCAAGAGUUGCCAGCUCGUGGUACACCUGUAGAGACACUACAAGAAAUGUACUUUACACCGCAAUGGAUUGCACACGAGAUGCUGACGAUGGUGAAGCUCGACAUCCUAGCUCAGUACGACCGGUUUGCAGUGAUAAAUGCGAUCUUCCGCACGAUCGCGGGGUUACGUUCUUGUGUGAUGGCAGCAGCUGCGUCGGCUGCCCUCGCAAUUUUUCAGCACCAAGGCUUGGUAGAGCUUAACCCCUGCAAUUCUGGCAAGGACCUUGUCACCAUCAAGGGCAUUGUUGGAUUUUUGAACGCAGCAAUGGAUGUCAUUGAACGGGAUGCACGAUACAAUGCUGAAGUGUUCGGUAGCAGCGAUGGUCAGAUCCGUGACACCAUCGCCGGAUUAUGCGACCACAUGAUGCGCGCGAUCCGACUACUCGUUCGAAGCUCGCCUGGAGGUGAUGGCAACUCUGAUUCCAACCGGAACCAACUGGAGAAAUAUGCAGAAUGUAGCGACUCGGUGGAAGCGACGACAUACCGCGCGGUGGGGGAGCUAGUAAACCGGAUGGCCGCAUUCUCCCCGAUACACGGCGAGAACUUUUUGCGUUGGAUGUUACUCAAGUGGCCUCACCGCAAUGUUCAGCUGCAGUUGUUUUUCGUGAGGUAUACAUCGGGUCUGCUCUCGCAGUUUCUACAGCUUGGUCUUAUGCUCCCCGCAGAGAUCGUGUGUCGCGUCUUCACACGCAUCCAGGCCUGCAUCCAGUCGACGCAUUUCCUGGUGGCACAGGAGGCAUGCAACAUGUGCGGGAACUUCCAGCUUAUGAGCAUGUAUGUAUCGUGCGACCAGGUGCUGCGUGAAAAGAUUGCAUCUGCACUGCAUGAGAAUGCCACGUCCCAUUGGAACAAGCGUAUUCGAGAGAUUUCCGACGAGUGUUUUGACAUGCUGUUAGAUUUGGCAUAA